AGGUCGUCAAAGCAAACGCCUCCAUUUAGAUCAACAAUCUGAACAGUAGGAAGUGUUCUUCGCUUUCAAAUAAUAUGUCAAAGAGACAGGAAAACACCCGAAUGGAUAUCGAACUUAAUGAUGCCUCCAUCAUUAGAAUCCCUCCUCACCACUUCAUCCAUGUGCUGGAUCAAAAUACCAACAUUGCCCGGGUUGAGGUUGGACCCCUUACCUACAUCCGACAGGACAAUGAAAGGGUCCUCUUCCCUCCAACCCGCAUGACGAUGGUCCCCCCACGUCAUUACUGCGUGGUUUUGAACCCGGUGGCUCGUGAUGGUGAAGGACAUGUUCAGUUUGACACUGCAGGCCAAGCUAAACUGCGCCAUGCUGAUCUGGAGAUUCGCCUGACUCAGGAUCCUUUCCCUCUUUACCCUGGAGAAGAGAUUCAAAAGGAUGUGACGCCGCUGCAGAUUGUGUAUCCUGACACAGCGUUGCGGUUGCAGUCGUUGCUGGAUUUUGAGGAGGAGAACGGAGAGAAGAGAGUAGCUGGAGAUGAGUGGUUGUUUGAAGGACCAGGGACAUACAUCCCAAGAAAAGAGGUAGCAGUUCUGGAGACCAUUAAAGCCACUGUGAUUAGAGAAAACCAGGCCAUUCGCCUUCGAGCUCGUAAAGAGGGAGUGGAUCGCAGCGGAGUCCACAGAGUGACAGGUGAGGAGUGGCAGGUGUGUAAAGUUGGAGCAUACCUGCCAGGAGCACAUGAAGAGGUCAUUGAUAUUGUCAACGCAUAUAUUCUUACUGAUAAGUCUGCUCUGCAUGUGAGGGCUGUGCGCCCUUUCAAGGAUGUGGGGGGGAAUGAACGAAAGACAGGAGAGGAGUGGCUUGUGACAGUGGCAGACAGAGAGGCACAUAUCCCCUCAGUGGCUGAAGAGGUGGUUGGUGUGGUCAACGUGACAACACUGAGCAGCAGGGAGUACUGCGUCAUUCUGGACCCUGUUGGUCCUGAUGGAAAGCCCCAGCUUGGACAGAAGAGAGUGGUGAAGGGAGAGAGAUCAUUCUUCCUGAGGCCUGGUGAGUGUUUGGAAAAUGGCAUCCAGGAUGUAUAUGUGCUAUCCGAGGAAGAAGGGCUGGUGCUGCGUGCAGUUGAAGCUUUUACAGACACGGAGGCGCAAGAUGAAGAGGAAGAAGGGCAGGAAGGGGGCUCCAAAAAGGCUGUCGUGCGGAGGCGCCCAGGAGAUCGCUGGAUGCUGCGAGGGCCGAUUGAAUAUGUGCCACCUGCUACAGUGGAGGUUAUGCUACGACGUGAAGCCAUUCCAUUGGAUGAGAAUGAGGGAAUAUAUGUGCGGGACAUAAAGACUGGCAAGGUGCGGGCUGUGAUCGGCCAUAGCUAUAUGCUGACACAGGAUGAAGAGCUGUGGGAAAAAGAGCUUCCCCCCAAUGUGGAGAAGCUGCUUGCAAACAUGCGUGACCCACUGGCCAGCCGCUCUGAUCGUGGAGGAGAUGAUUUGGUCCAACAGAGAGACAAGACCAGAGUAGUGUCCUACCGUGUGCCACACAAUGCUGCGGUGCAAGUAUAUGACUACAGAGAGAAGAAAGCCAGGGUGGUGUUUGGACCUGAUUUGGUGAUGCUGGGUCCAGAUGAGCAGUUUACAGUUCUGUCUCUUUCUGGAGAUAAACCCAAACGAGCUAAUGUCAUCAAAGCUAUCUGCUUGCUGCUCGGUCCUGACUUUUGCACAGACAUCAUCACCAUAGAAACUGCUGACCACGCCCGGCUGCAGCUUCAGCUUUCCUACAACUGGCACUUUGACAUAAAGAACCAGUCUGACCCUGCACAGGCUGCAGCUCUCUUCUCUGUUCCUGACUUUGUAGGAGAUGCCUGUAAAGCCAUCGCAUCCAGGAUCAGAGGAGCUGUGGCUUCAGUUCAGUUUGACGACUUCCACAAGAACUCAAACCGGAUCAUCUGCUCAGCCGUAUUUGGCUUUGAUGAGAAGCUGGCAGUGCGCUCAAGUCUGUGCUUUAGUCAGAAUGGCCUGGUGAUCAGCAGUGUGGACAUUCAGUCAGUGGAGCCGGUGGACCAGCGUACCCGUGAUGCCCUGCAGAAGAGUGUACAGCUGGCUAUAGAGAUCACCACCAACUCUCAGGAAGCUACUGCUCGACAUGAAGCAGAGCGUCUCGAGCAGGAAGCACGUGGUAAGCUGGAGAGGCAGAAGAUCGCAGACCAGGCCGAGGCUGAGAGAGCAAGGAAAGAACUGCUAGAACUGGAGGCACUCAGUGCUGCAGUGGAGAGUACAGGAGCAGCAAAAGCAGAAGCUCAGUCCCGGGCAGAAGCAGCACGUAUUCAGAGUGAAGCAGCUGUUGACGAAGCCAGGCUUAAAGUUGAGGCUCAAACAAUCGAGGCGGAGGCUGAACUGGUGCGUCUGGCAAAAGCACGUGAGCAGGAGAUCCACUACAAGAAGGAAAUGGAUAAACUAGAGACAGAGAAGCAGCAGAAGCUGUCUGAGAUCGAGAGCCAGCGCUUCAAGCAGCUGGUAGAGGCUAUUGGUAGCGGCACCCUGACAGAGAUGGCAAGAGCCGGGCCAGAAUUACAGGUUAAACUGCUACAAUCUUUGGGUCUGAAAUCCACUCUGAUCACUGAUGGUUCCUCUCCCAUCAACCUCUUCACCACCGCCAAUGGCCUGCUGGGGGCAAUGAAGUCCAGUGAGGAAAAUAAAUAAAUAAAUAAAUAAAUAAAUAACAAAGAAAGACCCUGAAAGGAA